AUGGCGGCGGGGCUGAGGCGGCGGGCCGAGCCGGCCGGCCCGGCGCUGGUGGCCGGCGAGGACGAGUUGGUGGCCGCGGUGUGGCCCUACCGGCUGCGGCCCCCGCUGCGGCGCCUCACGGUGCUGCCGUUCGCGGGGCUGCUGUACCCGGCCUGGCUGGGCGUCGCGGCCGCCAGCCGUUGGGGCUGGGCCGGGGAAGGGGGCUGGGCCCAGGCGCCCGAGGCCGCGCUCCUGGCCCUCGCCGCCAUCGGCCUCGCUCACGCGCUCACCGUCCUCUCCGGCCACUGGUCCGUGCACGCGCGCUGCGCGCUCACCUGCGCCCCGGAGCGUGACCCCAGGAAAGCUACGUUGGUCAAGGUGGUGCCGACCCCGAAUAACGGUUUCCCCGAGCUGGUGACCCUGCACCGGGACCAGGGAGAAGACGGGAGGGAAGUGCUGUCCUUUGAGUUCCAGAAGAUCAAGUACUCUUACAACAUGGGUGAGAAGAGGAAGUUCCUUCCCGUGGCCUUCCCUGUGAGCAGCCCCCUCUCGACCUACCAGCAGGCUAGGGGCUACCAAGAAGAGGCGGAGAUUCGGGGAGCGGAGAAGAGAUACGGCAUGAACAAGGCAGAGAUGGUGGUGCCCGAGUUCUCCGAACUUUUCAAGGAGCGGGCGACAGCUCCCUUCUUCGUCUUCCAGGUGUUCUGCGUGGGACUGUGGUGUCUGGAUGAAUAUUGGUAUUACAGCGUCUUCACCCUGUCCAUGCUGGUCGCCUUCGAGGCCUCACUGGUGCAGCAGCAGAUGCGGAACAUGUCAGAGAUUCGAAAAAUGGGCAACAAGCCGUACAUGAUCCAGGUUUACCGCAGCCGGAAGUGGAGGCCCGUGUCCAGCGACGAAAUCAUUCCCGGAGACAUCGUCUCCAUAGGUCGUUCCCCCCACGAGAACCUGGUGCCCUGCGACGUGCUGCUGCUGCGCGGCCGCUGCAUCGUGGACGAGUCCAUGCUGACCGGGGAGUCGGUGCCGCAGAUGAAGGAACCUGUCGAAGAUCUGGAUCCGGACCGCGUGCUGGACAUGGAGGCGGAUUCAAGGCUACACGUUGUUUUUGGGGGCACGAAAGUCGUGCAGCACAUCCCCCCGCAGAAAGCCACCACGGGACUGAAACCGGUCGACAGUGGGUGUGUGGCCUACGUCCUGAGGACCGGCUUCAACACGUCCCAGGGGAGGCUGCUGCGCACCAUCCUGUUUGGGGUCAAGAGGGUCACGGCCAACAAUCUGGAGACCUUCAUCUUCAUCCUCUUCUUGCUUGUUUUUGCCGUGGCGGCAGCGGCCUACGUCUGGAUUGAGGGCACCAAGGACCCCAGCCGGAACCGCUACAAGCUGUUUCUGGAGUGCACCCUCAUCCUGACGUCCGUGGUCCCUCCCGAACUGCCCAUUGAGCUGUCUCUGGCUGUCAAUACCUCUCUCAUCGCCCUGGCCAAGCUCUACAUGUACUGCACGGAGCCCUUCCGGAUCCCUUUUGCCGGCAAGGUCCAGGUUUGCUGCUUUGAUAAAACCGGCACGUUGACCAGCGACAGCCUCGUAGUUCGGGGUGUGGCCGGACUCAAAGAUGGGAAGGAGGUGACGCCAGUGUCCAAUAUUCCUGUAGAAACACACCGGGCCCUGGCUACGUGCCACUCCCUCGUCCAGCUGGAUGAUGGGACCCUGGUGGGAGACCCACUUGAGAAGGCCAUGCUGACUGCCGUCGACUGGACCCUGACCAAAGAUGAGAAGGUUUUCCCCCGGAGCAUUAAAACUCAGGGCCUGAGAAUUCACCAGCGCUUUCAUUUUGCCAGCGCCCUGAAGCGGAUGUCCGUGCUGGCCUCCUACGAGCGGGCUGGGGCCCCUGACCCGUGCUACAUCGCGGCCGUGAAGGGGGCCCCCGAGACUCUGCACGGCAUGUUCUCCCAGUGCCCGAGCAGCUACCGUGAUGUGCACAUGGAGAUCUCUCGUGAAGGGGCCCGCGUCCUCGCGCUCGGCUACAAGGAGCUGGGACAUCUUAGCCACCAGCAGGUGCGAGAUGUCAAGCGUGAAACUCUUGAGUGUGACCUGAGGUUUGUCGGGUUCAUUGUCGUCUCCUGCCCCCUCAAAGCCGACUCGAAGGCAGUGAUCCGGGAAAUCCAGAACGCCUCACACCGGGUCGUCAUGAUCACUGGGGACAACCCGCUCACAGCCUGCCACGUGGCCCGGGAGCUACACUUCAUCGAGCAGGAGCAGGAGCGCACGCUCAUCCUGCAGGCGCCUUCCGGCCGGGGUGGCAGGUGGCAGUGGGAGUCGAUCGACGGCAGCCGAACCAUCCCCCUGACCCCCAUCUCCCUGCCCGAGCUGGUCCGGGACCACGCGCUCUGUCUCACCGGGGACGGCCUGACCCACCUUCAGGCGAGUGACCGGCCACAGCUGCUGCGCCUCUUGCCCCACGUGCAAGUGUUCGCCCGGGUUGCCCCCAAACAGAAGGAGCUGGUGAUUACCAGCCUGAAGGGGCUGGGCUAUGUGACGCUGAUGUGUGGGGACGGCACCAAUGAUGUCGGGGCGCUGAAGCACGCGGAUGUGGGGGUUGCACUCCUGGCCAAUGCGCCCGAGCGGAUGCCCGAGAGACGGCGGCGGGGCCGGGAGAACCCCAGCGAUGGGAGACUCAGUUCUGGUGGCGGCGGCAGCAACGUCACCCCAUCCAGCGGCACGGUGAAGCCGACAUCUCGGGCUGCCAAGCAUAGGAUUAUGGCCCAGCGGGAGGAGCAGAUGGCCGCCCAGCGGGAGCGACUGAGCCAGGUACUGCGGGACCUGGAAGAGGAUCACGUCCCCAUCGUCAAGCUGGGAGAUGCCAGCAUCGCGGCCCCGUUCACCUCCAAACUCUCCUCCAUCCAGUGCAUCUGCCACGUGAUCAAGCAGGGCCGCUGCACGCUGGUGACCACGCUGCAGAUGUUUAAGAUCCUGGCGCUGAACGCCCUGAUCCUCGCCUAUAGCCAGAGUGUCCUGUUCCUGGAGGGAGUCAAGUUCAGUGACUUCCAGGCCACCUUGCAGGGCCUGCUGCUGGCUGGCUGCUUCCUCUUCAUCUCUCGCUCCAAGCCCCUGAAGACACUGUCCCGGGAGCGGCCGCUGCCCAACAUCUUCAACCUUUACACUGUGCUGACGGUGCUACUGCAGUUCCUUGUGCACUUCCUGAGUCUCAUUUAUCUGUAUCACGGGGCUCAGGCCCGCACACCGGAUAGGACAGAGGGCUUUGUGGAUCUGUACAAGGAGUUUGAGCCCAGCCUGGUGAACAGCACCGUGUACAUCAUGUCCAUGGCCAUGCAGAUGGCCACCUUCGCCAUCAACUACAAGGGUCACCCCUUCAUGGAGAGUCUGCGGGAGAACCGGCCCCUCCUGUGGAGCAUCGUCCUCUCUGGUGCAGCCAUCGUUGGACUCCUGGCCGGCUCCUCCCCUGACUUCAACCAGCAGUUCGGCCUUGUGGAGAUCCCCACUGAGUUCAAGCUGGUGAUGGCCCAGGUCCUCCUGGCUGACUUCUGCCUGGCCCUGCUGGCUGACCGUGUCCUGCAGUUGUUCUUGGGGAGCCCCAAGCUGAAAGUGCCUUCCUGAGACUCCCUCUUGACCCCAAACCGGACCCCAACCCAGACUCCUGUGAACCAGCAGGGAGGACCAUCCGGUGCGGGGAGGAGGGGGUGGAGGGGAGAAACAGGACGUGGGGAACAACUGGGCUGAUGGAAGCCAGAGAAACCCCUACACACGUACCACAUUCACACAAACAUGUGCACACUGGCUUUUAUCAACGUUUCCAGGACAGACUGAGUUGGGGGGGAGGGGGGAGGGGAUUUUUGUGCCCCCCAUCUCCCGGGGGAGAAUCUAUGAAUUUGGUAAAUAAAAAGUAUGGAUGUAUUUUAAAGGCGGCCAUG